CGGGCACCAACGCCCAAACGGCACGUCCAGUGAUCUAACUUGCGACUGUACUGGUGGCCCGACCUCAUCCACUGCGGCAAUGGAGCCAGCAGUUCACAGAGCAACAAGAGGCCGCGGACUAGCGCCAUACAACGAGGGUGGUAAUAGCAAACGACCCUUGCACAGAAAUAAGCAGUGGGUCGCAGACGGCGUUGCUUCCCGCAGUGGUACAAAUACUCCCCUAGGAGGCAGUGACGGCGACAGGUGGGAACGUGGUGGGAUUAGGGGAAGUAGGGGACGAGGUAGAGGGCCCAGAGGCAAGUCUAACAAUGUUCAUGUGACUUCUUUUCGACGUGGUGUCGUGGAUGGCGGUACCACAGCAAGUGAAGGAGAAUACAGCGAAGUGGAGGAUGAAACAGAAGGGGAAGAUGUAUACCCUCCAGAUCCCGAAACACCGGAGGAACGGGAGAGGUUUUGGCAAGAGCUGGUGAAAGCUCGUGAUGCCGAACGCAAGAAGGCUAUCGCCGAGGGCAAAAUGGACGACCCAUUGGUGCAGAAAUCCCUAAAAGAUGCGAUUACGAUGGUAGGAACGUGCAUGGAUAUGUGUCCGCGGUUUGAGCGGUAUCGACGCGAACGCGAGAAUAAUCUUACCGAGUGGGAGACCAUCCCCGGCACGAAGAGGGUUGAUCACAAACGGGCCGUCAAAAUGUAUGAACGCGCAGCUGGGGAUAAAACUUUGCCAUCCGAUCUUCGACCACCAAGAGUGCUCAAGCGUACUCUUGACUAUCUGUUCCAUGAUCUCUUACCUCGGGGCGGAUUUUCUGCGACCUUCAGUUUCAUCCGAGACCGCUCGAGAGCGGUGAGAAACGACUUUACGAUGCAACAUGAAAUGGGACCACUGGCCAUCGAGUGCCAUGAUCGAUGCGCUCGUUUCCACAUCCUUGCUAUCCACCUGGAGCGUGACUCCGCUGGAUUUUCCAUCCCACUGGAAGAACAGCAACUUAUGAACACUCUACAAAGCUUGAAAGAGUUCUAUGAAGACCAGCGCGGUCGCUAUCAGUCACCGACAGAAUUGGAAAUGCGCGUUUAUCAUCGCCUCAUUCACAUUCGGGAUCAAAGAGAACGCCAUGAAGAUAUACCUGAUUUUCUACUCAAGCACCCUGUGUUUGAACUCACGACGAGAUUUCGCGCACGCGUUCAGGCCAAGAGCGCGCCUAUAACUAAAUCUUCUGCUCUCACUGUUGACGCGGAAGCGAUGCAAAUAUUCGCGGAACUCGCCGCCGUCCUCCGUGGGGAAGGGAAUGUCGUGAUGAUGUACCUUGUUGCAUGCAUUCUUGAGCGGCUGUUCGGAAAAGACACGAUCGAGGACAUUGAAGCCAUCCGGGGGGAACUGACCUACUUUGAUAUUAUCGAUGGCUAUUCUGGCCGACAUCCCCAGGCCGAAAGCACAGAAGAUGAUGCGAUGCAUACUAACGAAGAUGCGGAGGGCUCCUCUGGAUUCGUGACGGAACAACCCCUACCACAGCACUCACCGCCUGCCUUGCAGCCAAACGGAAUGCAAUGGUCUAAUGAUGAUUCCGGGUCUAAACCCGCUGAGUCCACGAUUUUCAAUAUCCCUUCUGCUUCGAUAUCUGCUCAGGCGCCAGCCAAUUCAGCUAUAUCUGCGUUUUCAAACCUUCCAUCGGUACCCAACGUGUUCGGUACGGGCACGUUCGGUGUUGUGCCCGCCUCUGAGACGCGCCCUUCCACCACCCCUCUUCCCGUGUUCCUACAGGGUCCUCCAUCUUUUGAUCAAUUAUCAUCCACCCCUCCUGUAUCCUCCAGCGGACCCACCAUUCCCUUUACGUUGGUGGAUGAUCGUGCUUCUGUCAAGUUCCCAGCAUUAAGGCCAGAAAGUGAACAAGUGGCAAGCACGGAACCUGGUCUACCUCCAUACUCAUUGUCCGUCACUCAGGCCACUGAUAACAAUGAAUACCCAGACCGACUACCAUCGAUCUUCGGAGUACAGCCCACACCCACUCUGCUACAAGCACCACGACCUGUCGUUUCCUCCCCAGCAGUAGAGCCUUUGAUCCCAUCGACUUUGUCGACCUCCAGCAUUUCCUCUGCUCCUCCGCCAUCUUCAAAUGUCGCAAAUCUACCUGUCGACACACGACUGCAGCCUACUGAUGACUCGACCCCCGAUAUGACGUUAGCCUCCCAACCUGGCUCAUCCGACCAACGGAAAACCUCAUCCUUUCCCUCCACACCACCAGUCCCUACGCAGGACUUAACACCACUAAACGCAACUUACGAAUCUCUCCAGGAGACACCACCUAGUCAACCACCGCCGUUGAACAGGCAGCAGCCAAUCUCAUUACCGCCCACUCCCACUGCAACGAUUUUCCUUCCGAAAUCUGUAACUCCAUCCCAGGGGCCGCGACUCAACCUUGGUUCUCUGAGGAGCAUUCAGACUUCGUCACUGUCGGCAUCUUCUACAGAGAUUUUGAGUCCCCUCAUCAUACCGUCCCCUUCUAGCUCCAAGUUUUUUUCGUCGUCUGUUCCCCGCUUACUUCGUCGCGAUUCUCUUCAGUCACCUCUCCAGUCGAGUGUUGUCGCUGCCGACGCCGAAACUCACAAGGACAAGCUAAGAGCGCAAUCCCUGUCCCAGUCAGGUCAAACAGAUGUGAUGGAGGCCGCAGCAUUGAAGUUUGCUCGCAAAUGCUAUCUCGUGAAAACAUCUUUUUCACAAUGGCGGCGUCGGUUAUCAGAUCGAACGAAAUGGAUAGAGGCAUGCAGAAGAAGUCAGGAGUACAGUGAAAGAGUGCAUGCUGAACGGCUUUCACGCACCACAGCUGCUGUUGUCUCCGAGAAGAAGCGGAAGAUUAUCCCUGCGGGGGUUUCUGUUCCUGUCAAAAAGCGCGCAAGAAGCCGUCCUGUCGGCGAAUUCAAAUCCCCGCAGACAGACGAAGAGCUUGCCAAACGGUUCGAGACUAAUCAUGAAGAGCAAACACGUCGCUGGGCACGUGGUUCUUUCCUUCACCUCCUUCAGAGCUGCUUGGAUCCUUCGAGCUCACAUCUGCCUGCAAAUUGGGUGGCAUGGCUAUCACUUAAUGAGGAAAACGAUGGAACUGCCAUUUGGCUGGAGCAGAAGUUCGACGUUCCCGAAUCUGGGAAGUGGAAAACUGGGAAUGUUUUUGAGAUGCCGAUUUCGUGUUCCCACACUGACGCCGGAAGCUUCUAUCCUGGAGUUAUCAUUUUCGAACGAACACCUAUGAGUAGUACAGACGUGCUUGAGAAGAAAUACCGAGUCUUGGACGACUGUGCUCGACUGCGUGAAAUCUUGAAGAUGUUACCACCGGACAGACAUUACAUUCCUUCACUGAUUUGCAUAUCGUGGGCGAGUGAGCCACCAGACGUUACAAAAGACUUUGAUGACAUGGUCGUAACUGCAACUCAAGGUUUGCUCACCUCUUGUCAUGAACUCUUUGUUACUCCGGGUGCUUUGGGUACGGAGUCGAAAUUCGAGGAGCUGCUCAGGUCAAUUCGUUUUGACCGUGACGGUCGCCUUGUGAGGUCUAUUUCUGUUGAUGGUGUUGUGGAGGACUGGGAACGUAUAUGGGAUGAAAUGACCACUUGGCUCGCGAAAUGCACCAUUCACGGUGAAUUUAACUGGAACCUUUAUGCCUGGUUUUUGCAUAGCGUUACUAAACUAUUGGGCCAUCUCGUCAAUUCUGUCGUCGGGUUAUUUCGCAAGGACAGUAUUCAGGCUGACCUGAUCCCUUUGCAACCGCAACGUAUCGUCAGUUCCGAUUCCACAUUUGAUGCUGUGCUGCACUGGCUGGAGCAGCUCCCUUCCAUGGAGGUUAAAGCGGAUCUAAUUAAAGAUAUCACCACACAUAGGAGCCUAGGCCGAGAUUUUCCGACGCUUAGCUUUGUGUCUCAAGCAUACACGCUAGCUAGUGCUUUGGUCGCAUAUUACGCAGACCUCAAUCCUAGUGUCCAUGUGUGCAUCCGAAAAGAUCUCCUAGAGGACGCAAAGAAGUCUCUCCUUUCGUUUCAGUCGAAUCUGGAGGACGAAUUCAACAGUCACAUUACAAGGCUAAGGCAUCCUCCGAAGCGGAUCCCAAGUUCUGGCAGUGACUACCCGGCGUCCAAGAAGAGGCGUUUAUCAGAUUCUGAAGCUUCCGUGUUCACCGAGGACUCGGAGAGUGUGCCAUUUACCUCACACGAACCCUCCCCUUCGCUUAGCGCUGCCACAUCCGUACAGUCUCUGGAUACCACAUCAUUGGUGACGCCUGCCAUGCUCCGUUCCUUGGCUAGAGAUGUCCGGGCCAAGUAUGGGCGUAGUGCUCCAUCUCUGUUCAGCUAACGAUAGACAGUCGCUUGUUAUUCACACACGUAUCUGACGGACAUAAAUUACUGGCAACCUUGCAUGUAGCAUUAGUAUCCUUAUCAGCUUGUAGUGAUGGGCUCUUCGGAUGACAUAAGCAAUCAUGACAGAGUUGGUGGCCUCCAAG